AAGCACAGUCAAACCAUAACAUUCUCUUAAAAACAAUCUUAUUUUUUGUGAUAAGAAAGCAAGAAGGAAUCGAUAUGUCGAUUGUUCAAAAGAUUUGCUUCUUGAUACUAAUGCUAGUUUUGAGCACUCCACUUAAUGGUGAUGAUAAUACUUAUAAUGUGCAAGACUAUGGCGCUGUUGCAGAUGGAACAACUGAUAACACUCAGCCAUUCAUGGAUACAUGGAAAGCAGCAUGCUCGUCAGGUGGCACGAUGGUGAUACCAGCAGCAGGGGGAAACUUUUUUGUGAAUAAGAUAGAGCUUGAAGGACCGUGCAGUGGUCAAGUAACAUUUCAACUUGAUGGGGUUAUCGUGGCACCAUCGGGUAAUCCAUAUCCAGAUUCUUGGUUUACAUUUCACGCAAUUGAUGGAUUUACUAUGCAAGGUUCUGGUAUGUUUGAUGGCAAUGGUCCUUCAGCUUGGGCGCAGUGCCCCGUAUGCUCUGCAUCAAUAGGACUGUAUGCUAUUACCAAUGCACAUAUUCAGGACAUCACAUCACUUAAUAGUAAAGGCUUCCACUUCGUCAUGGUUGGAGGGGAAGGUGUCACAUUCGAACACAUCAACAUAACAGCUCCAGGUGACAGUCCCAACACGGAUGGAAUAAAUAUGGCGCAAUCUAACAAUAUCCAGAUUAUUGAUUCUGAUAUUGGCACCGGUGAUGACUGCGUGGCCAUUGAAGAAGGGUGCACAAACAUCAAUGUGACGGGGGUUAAUUGUGGUCCGGGGCAUGGUAUUAGCAUCGGAAGCAUUGGCAAGCUUGAGGCGGAUAAAGAUGUGCAAGGAGUUUAUGUACAGCACUGUACUUUAACCUCUACUCAAAAUGGUGUGAGGAUAAAAUCCUGGGCUCCUUCAUAUCCUGUCACUGUUUCAAAUGUUACUUAUGAAGAUAUCACAAUUAAUAAUGCAAGUAAUCCAAUAAUCAUUGACCAGACAUAUUGUUAUGAUAACAAGGAGUGUCCGGGCGAAUCGCAAGUUCGAAUCAGCAAUGUGAAGUACAUCGGCGUUACCGGAACUUCAGCAUCUCAAGUUGCCGUGAGUUUACAAUGCAGCAACAAUGUGCCAUGCCAGGACAUAUAUCUGGAGAAUAUUGAUUUAACAUUAUCAGGUGGAGGACAAACAUCUUCUCAGUGUGUCAAUGCUAAUGUGACGUACUCGGGGACACAGAAUCCUCCUCCUUGUAAUCAAUAA